GUUGUCUCACGCACUAAACUAGCAGCAUGUACAUGCAAAGCAUGCACACGGCCUGUCUACCCCUCCCUGCACUGGCACCGGCGGACAAACAGAUGGCAGCAGAGAGCACUGGCUGCCUUGUAGAACGUUGACAAACACCGAUUCCGGCUACAUACACAAGAACGGGCGCUGUCGCCCAGCAAGAGCCAUGGCAAGUGUACUGGGUGUGAUGUGCUGGGUUGUGAACCCUUGUGCAAGGGUUUUGAACCCGAUCACCCCAAGUCCCCAACCCGACCCGAGCGACUGUUGACCAACCGUCUUGACCAGGGUGAGCACACGAGCACACACACACACACACAUUCCACCAAUUGAUCACGACAGCCGGCAGGCACGGCUCGUUGCUGAUGGCGUUUCUCUCUCUGAGAUGUGUGGUGUGUGCAGAUGUUUCCUUUUGCCCGACGAGUGCGUCCUCUUGCCCUGAGGCGACUCGCAAGCAGCCACCUGCAGACCCUACCCACGAUCGGCCGCGCCUUCUCUUCCGCCGCCGACGUGAUGCCGCAACCUGGACAGCGCUUUACAAUUGACGGCCCUCCGGAGGGCAAGGGGUAUUAUCCUAUCGAGUAUGCGGUGAAGCUGCCUGACCUGACGGAGAAGGAGAUGAAGGAGAUUUCCAGGCGACUCGGUGCCGAGUAUCUCUCUGUGGCGCCAUCUGCACGACAGCACAGCUACCCUCCCAAGGGCGUCCGGCACCAGGGAACCCCGUGUGUCAACCUCGUGUGUGAAGGAAGCGGGAAGCCGAUUAACGUGCUCUUCGUCGUUGACACGACCGCCGUGUGGACUUAUUUUACCAAGGAGGCCAGAGAGCUUCUGCACCCGGACCGUGUUAUCUCGCCGCUUUUUCGGAUUCGGAUUGAGGAUCACCUGGGCAAGGAUCUGCUGAUCGAGUGUGCGGACUUGUUCGGUGACUUCGAGCACAUCAACAUUCUGGCAACAACCGCGAUGGCGAAGCUCGGGUGGUGGCCGGUCGUCGACUGGGGGAGAGGCUCGUUUGUCAUGGCCCCCGUGAGUAUUGGCGAGCGUCAGUGGGGGCCAGGAGUUUGGGCGGGCUGGGAUGGGGAGGGUCUGCAGGUGGCUGCUCGUGAGCCCCUCACGAGCAGCAGUGCCUUGUCUUCCGCCCCGAACGUGAAGUCGCCAGCUGGACAAGUGCUUCAUCGAGAGGAGAAGGUUACAUCUUUCGAUGGCCCUGCGGAGGGCAAGGCGCGUUAUCCUCACGAGUAUGCGGUGAAGCUGCCUGACCUGACGGAGGAGGACAUGAAGGAGAUCUCCAGGCGACUCGGUGCCGAGUAUCUCUCUGUGGCGCCAUAUCCACGUCAGCACAGCUACCCGCCCGAGGGCGUCCUGCACGUGCCCCUCUAUCGCCUGUGCGUCAACCUCGUGUGUCGCUGGGAUCCCCUCCACGGGGGAUUCGGGAAGCCGAUUAACGUGCUCUUCGUCAUCGACACGACCGCCGUGUGGUCCUACCUGAGCAAGAGGGCCAUGGCUGCGCUUCUCGAGAAACCCAUCGACAGCGAUGCCAUCGACAGCGGUGCCCUCCCGUCGACCGUGACGGUGCGGAUUGAGGAUCACCUGGGCAAGGAUCGCCUGAUCGAGUGUGCGCAGUCUUUCGGCGACUGGGAGCACAUCAACAUCCUGGGAACAAAAGCCAUGGGGAGGCUCGGGUGGUCACCGCUCCUCGACUGGGAUACGGGAUUGGUAAUCAUGGCCCCGGUGAGGAUCGGUAAGGUCCGGUGGUGGCCAGGAGUUUGGGCACAGAUAGAUAGCGGAAAAUGGAGCUGCAGCUAGACAGUCAGCUGGAGAGCCAGGCACUCAUGUGUGUGUAUCAUAUGGCAUGCGACUUCUUUAUCGGUGUCCGAUUGGGUGCUGCUGUGCUGCUGCUGUGCUGCUGGCCUGUUCAUAUAGCCUUGAUGUGGCGUGUGUGGCGUGUCCAUGUGUGUCGCCCUGUGCUUGGUUUGUGUUCGAGACUGUCAGUUAGGAACAUUCUACUGAUGAACCUUCAUGGCACAUUCAUAUAAUCCAUCUGUCGACUCUGUCUAUCCAUCAUGCAAUGCAGC